AUGGCGACUCCUACUGCAGACUGCAUUUCACUUGACGACCCACGACCAACCUUGAGCGACUCCAGUGAAGAUGCUCUGAUGACUAUCGACAUGUUUAGGCAAUGCAUGCCUAUAUUCUAUGAACAAUGCUACCCAAUUGUUGAUCCAAUUCUACGUUAUUUGAUCGUCGAUGAUUUUAAUUUUUACGUUGAUCCAGCCAAAUUUAGCUGGUAUAUGGGCGUGACUCCAGAAUGUCGGCUCUUGCGGGACACGAUCAUCUCUACGAUCAUGAAGGAGCUCAAGUCUGGUGGAAAAUAUACUGUCGACUUUGAUGAAGAUUGGGAUCAUGAUAUUUUCUGUCUUGUUUUUUCCUGGUACCUCAACGAGCCUUCUAUGGAACGAGUCCGCCAGCAGAAAAAUAAGUACCAGGAAGCGGAAUCUUUUACUGAUGGUGGAUCAUUCUAUUCUAGCCAUAAAGGAAUUUCCAUUUCUGGCGUCGGUUGCUAUGAUGACCCCAGUGAUGGUGUAUGGAUCGCACCUCCUCUUCCACAUAUGCGUUGGGACGAUCACGGUUAUACAAAACAAAUUAGAGAUGAGAUUCCAGUUAUGAAACAACGUCCAGAGAACAAUCGACAUGGCUAUAUUGUCCAUGAUGCUUGUUGGGGUCUUCUACGGAAAGCUGUAGAGCUCGAUGAUAUCCCUCUAGAGCGGCUUUACAGGAUUUGCAGCUCCUUACCCUUUCCUAUACAAGGGAUUGGCGUAUCUUGGGGCCAUGAUUAUAUGGGCUUAAGUACAAUCAAUAACCAGGAUCAUUAUCCAUGGGAGGACCGACUUGUGGAACAAUAUAGCAAGUCGGAAGCCUAUCAAUAUGCCAGAUAUAACCCAUAUGACGUCCCGGAGUUACAUGAAUUACUAUCAAUGUCCUCUCAAGAGGAUCGAAAUUCUGACUUACGCACGAAUAGCAAAAAUUGUUUUUCAGUACUUCCAUGGGAGAUCCGUGAAGCAAUUGCUAUACAUUUGUCGACCAGAGAUAUGGCAAACCUUCUUAUGUCCUCAAAGACCUUUCUCCCACUUUUGAACAGUCAGACCUUUUGGAGAUCUAGGUUCCAAGGUGGUAGAGAUCGUGAUUUUGUUUUUGAAAUCAGAGCCAAGCGGCCAAAAGAUUGGAUUUACCUUUAUCAAAUGACGAAUGAUGCACAGAGCCCGCCAGGUUUGAAGAAUAGAAAGAGAAUCUGGAGUCUGACCAAGGCGGUGGUUAACUUGCUCCGUUUCCAACUGGUUCAAUAUACGGAUUACUCUCAUGUAAUUCUGGAUCCUGAUCCUAGAUGGACGGUAGCCGCGGAUAUUAAGCAAGGCACAGUUUCCAACUAUUCUUUUAACGAAGGUUGUCGGCUUUUUGAAAAACAAUCUACAAUUUUACCUAGGGAUCUUGUCAAAAUCGCCUUUUCAGUCACGGAAGAAGGGAUUAGUGGCUAUCUCGCUGGGAUACGUUUCACGUCAAAGGAUGGUUCGCAUAUUUGUCUGGGCUACAUUGCUGAGGAUAAGGAACUCUCUGUCGACAUCGCAACUCUGAAAGGGUUCGUUUUGGCGAUGGGAUCACGAGGAAUCCAGGCACUCAAAGUUGUCAACGGUGAUGGGAGGGUUACAAGAUGGUUUGGAUGCCCCAGAAACUCUCCAGUGACAGAGCGCCUGGGGUAUAAAAUAAUUUCUCUUUCACUAGCUGGGCAAGGGCCUUCUCACAUGUCGAAACUUAUAUCACAGAAUUUUUCAUUGAGAGAAGUUGCGUUAUGGUAUCCUGCUGUCCCUCAUCUGAACUUCUAUUUAAACGAUGAAUCCUUUACCGGGGAAAGCCCACUUAUUGCUGGAUAUCAGCCCUUAUGCUGGAUUCAAUUUGGAGGUCCUAAUGGAGUGUAUCUCCGAUCCCUGACUGAAAUCUGUGUUAUUCGCUUAGGGGCCUUGUGCUCUAUUGAGUUUCACUAUGAAACCAAGGCCGCAUCACUGAAAACACAGAGAUUAGGCCGUCGCAAAUUAACAAGUUUCUCAGACACUAUGCGUUUUCCCAUAGAUGGCCCUGGUGGGGAACUCGUACAGUCUGUCGAAGUCAGUCUUAUCCGUCUAGACGGCGAUAAUGUGUACGAUUUUUAUAGGCAUGGAAAACUGAACUCGUUCAAGAUUUCGACAAAUCGUGGGAGGUCUAUCCAUUUUCAACCUCAGGGAAACUCGGCCGAUUCAUCAAGCUUAACCCCAUUACCAAUUGCAGCUGGAACUAUUCUUACGGGGUUUUAUGCUAGCCAACACCCAGAAGAAGGUCUUGUCAGCUUGGGUGCUAUUUCUGAGCCUAUACAGUAG